AUGGACGUUCCCUUACUACAAGCACCAAGUGAAACUGAAGCUGAUGGAUUACCAUUGGUAAUGGCACAACAGCAAAAUCAAAAUGAGUGUGAGCACAUUGUUGACAUAUCAAGGAGCAAUGAUGCUUCAUCAAGCUUGUCUCCUAGUGAUCCUCUUCCUGAAGUCAAUCCACCAGGGCAUGAGGACAGACCAUCAAGUAGCUUACCGGCCAUCACUUGUCAAACUCCUCCUUCAUCGUCAAAUACGGUCAACUCCAGGAACUCUAUGUUUAUGAGGAGAAGUGAAGGUUAUGCUCAUCGCCACAGGAAUCCAUUGAAUUCUGGCAUCUAUUGUUGUUUUGUCCUUGUCAAGGCAUGA